ACGAUCGGCCGAUCGAAAUCGGCGCGCGCGCUGCCUCCUAAUGACGGACAUAGUCGGAAUUUCGUAGUAGGGCGACAUUAUCCGGAAUGGAGGGGUCUACACCGCUUUCGGCAGGGCGAUGCGCGUGUUGCGAUAUGCCUUAAGAGCGCGGCGACGGCGAUUAAGUUGGCAGUACUGCCGCUUCCCGCGUCGCGUGCACGCAUGGCCGCUACGUCCGAGUGUGGCCGGUCGGAAGUGAGACAAGGGCCUAUUUUUCGGGAUUAAACGUUCUGUCGGGAUGGAGGAGGCGGGGAUCGGCGACACGUACGAGCGCGAGUGCGCGGGCACAGCGGGAUGGGGCACGACCGGCGCCGUCGACGAGGAGGAGGAGUGGCGGCCCCUGCGCGGACCCACGGACUAUCCGGAACGCGAAGCGGAUGUUCCGGAACACCAGUAUGCCGCGCAGCAACAGAUCACACGCGGCUCAACACGGCCCAGCUCCGCCGCUGCGCGUCGGUCGGAAUCGAGUGAAAAGCCGAGCCAACGCGGGGCAAGAUCGUCGAAAUUAUCCAGGAUAGCGAACGUCUGGGCCUUGUCCUGCGCCUUAGACCUGGGCUUGCUCCGCGAAUCCUCCCUCAAGGAAGUCGUCAUCGCGAGUUAUUCGGAGUUGAAUUCGCUAUCUACCGGCGAGGAUGCGGCGAAAUCUCCUGAUCUCGAAGCGAACGAUCGCGAGGACGACGCGUCCAAGUCCGCGAGUAUCUUCGGUAGCUCGUGGCCGUUCAUCGACCCGGCGCAAAUUAAGCGGAUCACUUGUACGAAGCCCGUCCGCAGGCGAAGGAGGAAAGCGAGGUGGUCGGUGAAACGGCAAAGGAAACCGAGGGACGCGCGUCCGAGGGUCGACGGUGGAACGGCGGAUCUCUCAGCCGAGGUAGGCACCUCGUCGUCGCUGCGAGAAAAUGUCGGCGUAUCGCGCGAUCGGUCGGCGAGAUUAUCAGUGAGGAAGAACCCUUCGUCGACGCGAUCUCGCGUUUUCGUCGGCGACGAGGACGACGAGCGUUUGUCCCAAAGUUACAGAUCGACCGGCGAGGACGAGGACGACGAGGAAGAAGAAGUAAUUAGUCAAACGACAUCGGAAACGAGCUCGGAGGAGAUCGCGCCGGUUGAUUAUUCCGGCACCGGGUACUCCAGAUUCUACUCGACGAGUCACACGAAGGAAGAGCCGCAAAAUCGGAUGGAGUUGCCGGAAUAUCCUGAUUACUUCAUGAACGUCCUGCGGAUCGAUAACAGCACCGAGAACAAUGAUCUCGACAUCUCGGAGGAUGAUACUUCCAGGGAUAACGCGCAAACUGCCAAGCCGGCGAAAUUUGCGGAACGACGGACGUCGCGCAAGAUCCUCGAAAAUGGAAACGCUCCGCAUAGUGUCAGAAAAGCAUCAUCGAGGAAGAAGAAGAAAUCCGAAUUAGGGAAGAACGAGGAUCACGUCGAGCCGAAGAAAAGGAAACACAGGUCGGUUGGCCGGAAGAAAAGGACUCGCAACGCCGCGGCGUAUAAUCAUCACAACCUUCGGCGAAUUUCUCACGAAUUGGAGGACAAUUCUUCAAAAAGCAAAUCGGAUUCGAGAGACGACGUCGCAGCCGGCACGCGUGAUGCCGCGGAGGAAAUUGCGGUACAGAAACGCUGCGACUGUAAAGUCGCCCGGCGGCGUUCUCACAAUUUUACAAAUGCCGCCUGCCCGUGCAAGAGGAACAACUCGAAGAACGCGGCUGCCGCAAUUAUGCGGGAUAUUCAAAAAUACAUAAACACAAAAAUUGCGAUGGACGCUGAGAGGGUGAUUGGCGCAAUUGGGGCGAACAUGCCCGAGGAUCCGGGUCGCAAAAAUCUCAGGGACAUCUCUAUGGAAUACGAUUGGAUGGACACUGACGAGCUGAACGAUUGGGACUCAUCGUUCCAGAUCAUAAACCAAUCAUUGGAUCCGACGAAUACCGAGGACUUAUCGAUGAGCAUUGGCAAGUUCGGCACACGUCGUAAGAGGAAAAACAGACGUUCGAUCGAUUGUAAAUUUGACGAGAGCAUGGAGACAUCUUACCGAAGCCUUUUCCACGAUUGCAUCGAUUUCGAUACUCCGCGAUCGACGCCGUCCUUGAAAAUAAAUAUGGAGGAGAGCUGGAGAUCGGCGGAGGACAGCAGCGACAACGACGACGGAAUCCACUCAUCCUGGCGCCGAUCGACCUUAGGAUUCUCAACUGAAGAAUGCGGUAACGAAGUUGAUGGCGCGCUGCUAUUGGCUCGGAAGAUCGUUAGCGAGGAUUUGACAAAAGACGAAAAAUGUGAUGACGAGUACGAGAAUUUGAAUAACGUAUGCUAUAAGUAUCACGAAAUGUCAGAUACGUCGUUCACAGUGGCGAGAAAAAAUUCUUUCUACGAUUCGGAUGAAGAUAUGGAAAAUGAGAAACUCGCAAAUCAACGUGACGAAGCGAGGGCCACGUAUAAAAAUAAAAAUAGAACAAUUAGGAGAUCGGUAUCGACCUGCAGUUUUAAGGAUGAAGACGAUGAUGUCAAGGUUCGAAGUAAAGUUACCAAAAACAUGAAAGCCAGUAACAAAGUAAAUGUAAUGCGACAAUGUGCGCGUGACAAGGGUAACAAUUUGGAGAAUAAUAGUGAUAAAAAGGAAGAUGGUCCGCGCAGAGUGACCAGGGCUCUGGUAAAGACUAAAAAGAACCAUAAAGAAAAUCACGCCGGCAAGCUUAUAUGGGGAUUCUUUGCAGGAUGGUGGCCAGCACUGAUCGUCGACGCCGAGCAUGUAGGAAUGGCAGCUGAGCCUGGCAAGAUGUGGGUCUACUGGAUCGGGGAAUCGCAAAUAUCGUUGCUCAAAGAAGAAACACAGAUACAACCGUUCUCGAGGAACUUGGAGGAGCGAUUGUCGCAACCGUCUCGUAAAAGCAUUUCCUCUAAAAGCAUUCGUUUGCGCGCCGUUGACGAGACUAUACAGAUACUUCGCCAACGUUUCAACUGUACUCUGACAAAGCCUUAUUAUUAUUGGAUACAACGGAACAUACCUGACUUGGAGACAUUGGACGAUCUAACAUUUUAUCCAUAUCCGGAAAACAUACAAGAAAGACUGAAUGUCUUGAAGGAAAAGAACGCCAAAGCUACUAAAAAAUUUAUACAAAAUCAGAGAAAUUCACCGGAACCACCACCGAAAAAGCAGAAUAUGGAAAAAAUUAAAGACACAAAUACAACCUGGGAACAGAUCGAUGAUGAGCGUUUAUGUUUGCAACACCAACAGCCUGGCGUAAUAGCCUGGGCGAAAAUCCCUGGACACUGUUGGUGGCCCGCAAUGAUUAUUGAUUAUCGCGACUGCUGCUUGAAAGAACCGAGUUUCGGUUGUCAAUGGAUUAUGUGGUAUGGCGAUUAUCAAGUUUCAGAGGUGCGUCAUCUUGAAUUUUUGAAAUUUCACAAGGGACUGGAAAAAAUGCGCGAGUACAUUCAAAAUACGAAUAGACAGCAAUAUCUGGAUGGCAUACUUCAAGCUUCUAAGGAUUAUUGCUCACGAUUAGGCUGCAACACGGAUAACUGGACUUUAGAUAAUGUUUUUGAAUAUUUUUCGAAUAAUAUUCAAUUACCGUCUAACCAAUUGCAAGUUUCAGACUCUAACAGGAUAUAUGAUAAGUAUUCCGACGAGAUAAUAAAAAAAAUCAACGAAUUCAAGUUCAAGUCAGAUGUAGACGCUGAACGGAAGCGUGAUAUAAAAGCGAGCAAUGAUCUUCGCCGAGUAACGUCGGGCGAAAGCAACAUAGAAAAAUUAUGUUUAAAAUGUCUGAAGAUUUCUAAAGGUAGAAAAGAGGAACAUCCGUUCUUUGAAGGUGCCUUAUGUAAAGAAUGUUCGGAUGAAUUUAAACCAUGUAUGUUCGUGCAUGGGAACGAUGGCAAGUGCUUUUAUUGCACAGUUUGCGCCAGCACCGGAACUGUUCUUAUUUGUGAUUCAGAAGAAUGUCCACGUGUCUACUGUACAGCAUGUCUGAAAUUUUUACUUUGUCCACAAUCGUACGACGACAUGCUGUUGGAAGAUCCAUGGGUAUGCUUUCUCUGCAGAGACGAAACUAAACAUCCCGCCAAUAUGAUAUUGCGUCCGCGAAUAGAUUGGAAAGACAAAUUUACAUCAAUGUUCCGCACAUCCACUAAUCUGAUAUCUAAUGUAGAUUUUGCAAGUUAUAAAGAGAAAACUAGAGCUGUUCGCGUUCUGUCACUUUUCGACGGUUUAAGUACUGGUUUUCUGGUGCUCCAAAACUUGCGGCUCGUUGUGGAAGUUUAUUACGCUAGUGAAAUUGAUGUAAACGCAUUGACGAUUAGCUCCGCCCACUUUGGCGACCGUAUUAAUUAUCUAGGAGAUGUAAGAGGUAUAACGAAGGAAAAAAUUCAAGAAAUCGCACCGAUUGAUUUGCUGAUCGGUGGCUCGCCAUGCAACGACUUAAGUUUGGUGAAUCCAGCACGAUUAGGCCUCCACGAUCCGAAGGGGACUGGCGUUCUUUUUUUCGAAUACUGCCGAAUAAAAAAACUGAUCGAAAAAGCCAACAAGGGUCGCCACAUGUUUUGGUUAUUCGAGAAUGUCGCUUCCAUGCCAACCGAAUAUAGAUUAGAAAUAAACAAACAUCUGGGACGCGAACCUGAUGUUAUAGAUUCGGCAGACUAUUCGCCUCAACACAGACUGAGACUUUAUUGGCAUAAUCUUCCUUUCAAUCCACAUAUGCCACGGUUCGAGACCCGACAAGAUGUUCAGGACGCCCUUACACCAAACUUGAACCGGAAAGCCCUUUGCAAGAAACUUCAUACAGUUACAGGCAGAACGGGUUCCUUAUUGCAAGGAAAAGCAGAAUUGAAACCAAUAAUGAUGAAAGGUAAAACUGAUACAAUAUGGAUCACCGAACUCGAGGAAAUCUUUGGCUUUCCACGACAUUAUACGGACGUGAAGAAUUUAUCGGCCACAAAUAGACAAAAAUUGCUCGGCAGGUCUUGGAGUGUACAAACACUUACUGCCAUAUUGCAACCUUUAUGUUUUUAUUUUAAGUGCAAUGAAGACGACACGAGCAAGAAGUCUGUUUCUUAAGAAGAUAUUUUUUUACCUCUGUAUUCGCGAUAAAUAUUUUAUGAAAUUUGGAUGGACCAAAGUUUCAUUUUAUAUCACGAUCGAGUAGCAUAAUUCUAAGUACAACAGUAAAAGAUAAUUUUAUACUUUACGCUAUUUUUUUUAUCCAAUUGCACAACUGUAAUUAUAAACAUCUAAAUUUUUUAUUUCUUACAUAAUAUUGUAAGAAAUAUUUUCUUGUCAAUAAAAUAAAUAUGAUUUUUAGAUAU